UGGGGGGUGUUGUGCUGGUUUGUGUGCUGGAAGCAGAAGCGGGCGUGCAGGAGCUGGAGUACUGCAGCACCUCCCCAGUGCCAACCAUGGACCUUGUACUGAACUUUGCAGACUAUUACUUCUUUACUCCCUAUGUCUAUCCCUCCUCCUGGCCUGAAGAUGAGGCUCUGCGGCAGAUCAUUGGACUGCUGGUGGUCACCAACCUGGGUGCUGCGAUUUUAUACCUCGGCCUGGGAGCUUUAAGCUACUUUUUCAUAUUUGACCACAGUUUAAUGAAGCACCCUCAGUUUCUGGAGAACCAGGUGAGGCGUGAAAUAAAAUACGCUAUGACUUCUUUGCCGGUGAUCAGCAUUCCCACCGUCGCACUGUUCUUCGCUGAAGUUCGAGGCUACAGCAAGCUCUACGACAACGUCAGUGACUCUCCAUUAGGUUGGCCAGGGCUGAUUUUCAGCAUGUUCUCAUUUCUCUUUUUUACUGAUAUGUGCAUCUACUGGAUUCACAGGUUCCUUCAUCACAAACUCAUCUACAAGAAUUUCCACAAACCGCACCAUGUUUGGAAGAUCCCGACUCCCUUUGCCAGCCACGCUUUCCACCCUGUAGACGGCUUCCUUCAGGGGCUUCCCUACCACAUCUACCCCUUCCUCUUCCCCCUGCACAAGGUGCUCUACCUGGCCCUGUAUGUGUUUGUGAACAUAUGGACCAUCUCCAUUCACGACGGAGACUACCGGGUCCCCGGCCUGCUGGAGAAGAUCAUUAACGGCGCGGCGCACCACACCGACCACCAUCUCUUCUUCGACUACAACUACGGACAGUACUUCACCCUGUGGGACCGAAUCGGACGCUCCUACAGACACCCCUCGGCUCUGAUGGGGAACGGGCCGCACGACUGCAUCAGGAAGCUGCGGGCGGAGGGCAAGCUCGGCUCAGGUGGCACGGCUGCCCGUGCUAAUGGGCAUUCUGCUCGUGCGAAGAAAGAGUAGAUAAUCAGCCGGUUACAUCACAAAUAGUGACACCCAGAGACAAGCCUCUGCUCCUUAUCUCAUAUUCCUCUUUGAUUAAAGAAAUGUUCUCUUAAUCCUGUAGAGAGACAAGCCAAGGAUAAGAGCUUCCUGCUAUCUCCUUAUCGAGAAGAGACUGAAACGCAGCUUAAACAUAGAAAACAUUUCUGAGAAGCACAGGCACUCGAGAGUCUUACCAUAAUUCAGCACAAAAGCACUGUUUAAAUCAUUUAUUUUUUAAACCUUUUUUAAAACAUACAUUAUCAUUAGCACUCAAAAACCUUGUGAAACUUGUAAAAAUUCUUUACAUGGUCGUGAAUGGACCAAUAGAAAUGCUUCAAAAUGCUUCAAAGCUAAGAAGGUUUUUACAAGGUUUUUGCAUGACUGAGAUAAUAUGCAGAUCUGCUAUAAUGUUGCUAGCUUGUACGGUGUUUAGGAGAUUCAGAAAACACGGACUGAAUCACAGAACUGUUGCUUACAACAGAUUUUUAUAUAUAUAUAUAUAUAAAAAAAAACAUGACCUAUAUAAUAACCAUAUAAAAAAGAUACAGAUUUUGUAGGGCCCUAGGUUUUGCCAAUAUGCCAAUAAGCACUGCAAAUCUUUUAUUUUAUUUUAUUUUUUUUGGGGGGGGGGUGAACAUACAUCUUCAAAAUGGUAGCUUUGCAUGUUAAUCUAAAGAGAUUUUUAUUUAAUGCAGAACUGUUAUAUUAGUUCAUUAAUUAUAGAUGGCAUGGUUGUGUAAAGAGCACUUACGCAAAUAAUGUGGAAAAAUCUGUAUCCUAAAAAUGGUAAUAUGGGUUGAUACCUGAUUUAACCACCAUUGCUAGUCACUGCAGGCUAAUCAGAUUUGUUUCUCAAGUCUGAUCUGUUGAGAUGACACUGUUUACACUGCUAUUUGCAAUUGAUCAGAUUAAAAUUGGGUGUCAUAGGUGUAUCUGCAUUGGUUGAUCUGAUUUAAGAGCCAGAGCAUCCAGUUUGUAACACAUCUGUACAAAUUAAAUUUUAGUCGUGUUUCACAAAUCAUACCAAUGUUUUUUCAAAAACAGUCUGGAUUAAAUCUAAGUGUGCCAAAUAUAUAUUUUGUUAUAAAAAUAAAUCUGGAUCCAAUUAGGAUAGGCCUUAAAAAAAUCAGAUUUAGCCUAAACACAGAUUUAGCCCAUUUUGCACAAAAGAACAGCUGGAGUUGAUUUUAGUACAAGAGAUUCCACACUUUGUAAGUACAAAUUUGAUACAUGUGCUACACACCAGAAGUAGAUAUUUUAUACAUUAUAAAAAGGGAUAACACACAGCCUUGCUUGAAAAGCCGAAAUGUAUAUUAUACACUGCCUGGCCAAAAAAAAAAUCAAUCCAGUGUUGCAUUAAUUUUUCACCAAGAUCUUGCUGCAUGCAUGAUGGUAGAGUCUUCUCCAUCCAGCACAUCCCAAAGAUUCUCAAUGAGGUUAAGAUCUGGACUCUGUGGUGAACUCUCUCAAUCCAUGUGUGAAAAUGAUAAUCUCAUGCUCCCUGAACCCUGAACUCUUUCACAAUUCCAGCACCAUGAAUCCUGACAUUGUCAUCUUGGAAUAUGGCCGUGUUCAUCAGGGAAGAAAAAAUCUAUUGAUGGAAUAACCUGGUCUAUAUUCAGUAUAUUCAGGUAGAGUCAGCUGACCUCAUUCUUUCAGCACAUACUGUUGCUGAACCUAAACCUGCAGACCAACUGCAGCAUCAACCAACCCCACAUCAUUUACUUACUGAAAUCCAGGUGAAGGCUUUUUUUUGGCCUGGCAGCAUAAUCUUAAAAGUGCCAGUCAAUUCGUAUUAUAAUGAUCAGUCUGUCGUCCAAUAAUAAAGGGUUAUAUAUUUAAACUACGCCUGUAUAGACCUGUUUUUGUUGGUAUGCAUCUGCUGUGUGGUUGAUAAUGAUGGGCUUUUCCAAUAAAGGCCUAUUUUUAAUCUCA